UGGAAGCGCCUGGCACUCGGUUGCUUGCUGGCUGUGUCCGCCUGUCGGUCAGCCUGUCUGUCUGCUAGUCGGUCCUCGGGGUCGGUGCGGACGGGACAGGGGGUGGGAGACCGGGCGUGGGCUCCAUAUGCGGCGGAAGGAGAAGCGGCUCCUGCAGGCGGUGGGGCUGGUGCUGGCCGCCCUGCUUUUCCUGCCCAACGUGGGUCUUUGGUCUCUGUACCGGGAGCGGCAGCUGGAGAACUCGGGGGGCAGUAACCGGGGACCAGAGGAAGCGCAGGUUGCGCUGGUGAGGCAGAAGGAUGACGUCGUCCAUGAAAAAGCACCCGGGAAAAAGGACUGGCAUGAUUAUGAGCAGAUCAGAAGAGAGCAGGAGCGAGCAGGAAACGGAGAACAUGGGAAACCGUUCCCGAUGACGGAUGCGGAUCGCGUGGAUCAGGCUUACAGGGAAAAUGGAUUCAACAUAUAUGUCAGCGACAAAAUCUCUCUUAACAGAUCGAUUCCAGACAUCCGGCACCCGAACUGCAAGAGCAAACUGUAUUCGUCGAAGCUGCCAAACACCAGCGUGAUCAUUCCCUUUCACAACGAGGGCUGGUCCUCCCUCCUGCGGACCGUGCACAGCGUACUUAACCGCUCUCCCCCCGAGCUCAUCGCGGAGAUAGUCCUGGUCGAUGACUUCAGUGACAAAGAGCAUUUGAAAAAACGUCUGGAGGACUACAUGGUUAACUUCCCUAAGGUGAGGAUUGUGCGAACGAAGAAGAGAGAAGGCCUCAUCCGUACUCGCAUGCUUGGAGCUUCAGUAGCCAUUGGAGAAGUCAUAACGUUCCUCGACUCUCACUGUGAAGCUAAUGUGAACUGGCUUCCGCCAUUGUUGGACCGAAUCGCUCAGAACCGCAAGACUAUCGUGUGCCCAAUGAUCGAUGUUAUUGAUCAUGACCACUUUCAGUACGAAACCCAGGCUGGAGAUGCAAUGCGGGGAGCCUUCGACUGGGAGAUGUUUUAUAAACGCAUCCCGAUUCCUCCGGAGUUGCAGAAUUCGGAUCCCAGCGAGCCGUUUGAGUCUCCAGUUAUGGCCGGUGGAUUAUUUGCAGUAGAUAAAAAGUGGUUCUGGGAACUUGGAGGCUACGACCCUGGUUUGGAGAUCUGGGGAGGAGAGCAGUAUGAAAUUUCCUUCAAGGUGUGGAUGUGUGGAGGUCGAAUGGAGGAUGCUCCGUGUUCCAGAGUGGGGCAUAUUUACCGGAAAUAUGUACCAUAUAAAGUGCCUGCGGGGGUCAGCUUGGCUAGGAACCUGAAGCGCGUGGCCGAAGUUUGGAUGGAUGAAUACGCCGAGUAUAUUUACCAGCGCCGACCGGAUUACAGACACCUGUCACCGGGCGAUGUGGGAUCCCAGAAGGAGCUACGCAACAAGCUAAACUGUCAGAACUUCAAGUGGUUCAUGACUAACGUAGCCUGGGACCUCCCGAAAUUCUACCCACCGGUGGAGCCACAUGCCGCUGCCUGGGGAGAGAUCCGUAACAAGAAGACGGGCCUCUGCGUGGACACUAAGCAUGCGUCUAUGGGCUCCGAACUACGUCUGGAUAUAUGCACCAAAGGCCAGAAGGCUGAUGCGUGGAGCAGUAUUCAGGUCUUCACCUUCGGCUGGCGGGAAGACAUCCGUCCCGGAAACCCUCAACACACUAAAAAAGUUUGCUUUGAUGCCGUUUCUCAUACUAGCCCGAUCACGCUGUACGACUGCCACGGCAUGAAGGGUAACCAACUGUGGAGAUACAGAAAGGACAAGACAAUUUAUCAUCCCACCAGCAACAGCUGCAUGGAUUGCAACGAGUCCGACCGCAGGAUUUUCAUGAAUAUUUGCAAUCCUUCCUCGCCCAGCCAACAAUGGACCUUUGAAAACACCAACUCCACAGUCUUAGAAGCCUUUAACAAAAACAUGAACUCCUAGCAGAGGAAUAUACAUAUAUAAAUAGGAAUAUAUAUUUUAAAUCUAUAUUUUUUACUGGUGGGUGGGGAAUCGUUUCCUUCUGAAAAUUUUAUUUUUCCUUUUCUUUUGUGUCUAGGUAAAAAAAAAAAAAGGGAUAUUUUGAAAGUGUCGGUGCAGGCUGGGAUUACAUGUUUUUUAAUGACACUGUGGUUAAACAUCAGAUGUUUUGACCCAUACAGAGAUGUACGAAAUUUGGUCUAUAUUUUUAUCCUAGGGACAAAUCUACAGCUAGCGCCAAAUUGAGUAGCCACUAACGUUCAUAUAUGGUUGGCUAAGAAGCCACAGAACUCUGCUGAUUCAUAGCGUGUGCCUUUUGAUAUAAGCAAAUGCACCUUAGAGCUAUAAAGUAGCUGUCUAAGAGGUAAGGGGUUACCUACUGUCCCCCCAAAAAAAUGUUAUCACCCGGAACAUUGGCGAGCCUUCCAAGGGCCGACUUAAAAACAUAAAUCUUCGAUGUAUAAUGAAUACAGUGUAUAAAACUGGAACCGAGAGGAAUCUUGGGCUAAGGUGGUCCAUCUUGACCAGCGCGUAUAAACUCACUUAGAUCCCCUAAAACGAGGUUAGAAACAGUGUCUGUGGGUAUGACGGGGUACUCGUCACUGGCCUGGUGUCUUGGUCUUCUUUCCAUGUUCUCCUCUAAUGGAAGUACCUUCACAUGCCAUUGGGGAUUAUGUUCUAAGACUGCGUCUUUAAGCUCAUGAAUAUUUAUAUUAAUUGAUGUGUUUCCAUACCAUACGAUGUACAUCUCAUCAUGACGUCUGUAGCUUAACUGCAGCAUCGUUAAAAGGACCAGCUUGCAAGCACAAAUGAGCAGCAAAUGCCUAAACUUGAACCAUUUUCUAGUGCCUUGCUGGACAGGACGGAGGGAUGGGGCUUUCUGGAAUGUUGAGACUGUGUAAUCAUUUUGUAGAUAAGAUUGUUUUUUUGCCUUAACCUCUCAAUACCCAGGAGCCCUUUUGUAUGAUUGAUAUGUAGCGGAUCUGUGAGUGUACCGUUUCAUAAGCAUGUCCUACUAAUGAUCUAAUUCUUUGAGCGCCAAGGGACUAAUCAAGAGUUUACAAAGCCUGACAGGUAGCCAAUGGGCGUUCAUCUUACACAUGGGGAGUACUUUUUUUUUACCAUGAGAUGGAAGGGCCCUCCAUGUUGUUCAAUGUUGAUGUCACUGAUGAUAAAAGCAAGAAAAGUACUAGAAUUAACGCCUAAUAAUAGGAACUGGAAUAGUAUGUAAAACAAGACCACUGUAGUUACAAAAUAUUCCGAAUGCUUUUCAUCUAUAAGAUGACAGGAAAAUAUACUAUGUUGUCUACUGUUGCUUCUGGAGACACUGGUGGAGCUACACUUGAGUGCUCGUUGUCCUCGUCCGUUAUUGUAUAGGAAUACAGGUUCACUGGUCAACCUACUAAAAUUGUCACCUCCGUACAUCCCUUAACACAGGGCUGGGCAGCCAGUGACCCCUCAGCCGUUUUAAGGCAAGACUGUUUUCUAGAGCAAACUCCAACCCAGCACCUCAUUUUAUUAUCUAUCCCCUCUCAUCCUCAGCAGACCAAGAUGAGAUGUGGCCGGUGAGUUCACUGUCGGUAGUUUCAGUGUUUAUUGAAGGUGAUGGGAAGGUGACCCAGCCAUAAAGCUGGCCUUUACGUUAUUCAGAGCCAUUGUUUGGAGGAGAUGGACAAUGGUUUGCUCAGCCCUGGAUUAGCUUGUACCGGCAGGACAAUUCAACCACAUAAUCUACUGACUACCUCUGUUUAGAAGUACACAUCAACGUGGCUCCUAAAUUAAA